GGAAGGACCCCGCCGUUGCUAGGCGACCCAGCCCUGCCAGGUGGCCAAGGCGCUGCCUGUCUAGAAAGCGCGCCUCCUCUGGGGGCAGGACGGAGCAGCGCCCGCACUCGGCGGAGGUGGUCGAGGGGAAGGGGGCCUCGAGGGUUCCGUCUCCGGGCGACCGAGCCCCAGGCCCCUGUAGAGACCUGCCGGGUAACUAAAGUGCCGAGGAAGCGGUAGCCUGGCAGCAAACGAAGGAAACGUUGGCUAGGUGGCACACGGCCUCUUGUUUCUGAGGCACUCAGAGAACUUCACGGGCAUGAACUCCAGGGCUGGGUGUCAUGUGGCAUCGCCCGCCGCGGACGAAGCCGCGAGGGAAGCCAAAAGGAGAGGCCACCGAGUCCGGAGACCCCGGCGCCGUGGCCCGUGGGCCCUUGGGGACCCGGAAGGGGCGCGGCCGCAGGAGCCGGCGGGGCACCUACGCGGGGUCCUCGCGCGCCGCCCACGUGGGGCCGAGCAGAGCUGUGGGCCGGCUUCGAGAGGUCCGGCCGCGCUAGCCGGUGCCGGCGCCCGUCCGUGUCCGCCUCUGCCCGCUUCUCGCCGCGUGUCAUGGCAGCCGCCGUUACGCUUCUCCUCCACGUCCCGGAGUCCCCGGCCGCCGCCCCCAGGACGCUCUCGGGACCCCGCCAGGCCCAGGCGAGGCGGCAAGCCGAGGCCACCAAAAGAAAACACCAAGCAUCCAGUGAGGCUCCCCCAGUGAAACGGAGGAACGAGGCAUCAUUUCUCCCGGCCAAGAAAGCUGCUGCUAAAGAAACACAAAGGACUUUUAAGGGGAAGGCACGGAAAACGUUUUCUCCGAAGAAAUCUUUGGUUGGUGUGAGUGAUGGACCUCGAGAACAGAAACCGUGCGUUAGGACUUCAUCGUUAUUUAAAAACAACCCUGAAAUCCCAGAGCUCCACAGACCUGUAGUAAAGCAGGUGCAAGAAAAGGUGUUCACUUCAGAUGCUUUUCAUGAACUGGACCUCCACCCACAUUUAAUUUCCACAAUAAAUACGGUCUUAAACAUGACUAGUAUGACCAGCGUUCAGAAGCAAAGUAUUCCUGCGUUGCUGGAAGGCAGAGAUGCUCUGGUGAGAUCGCAGACAGGCUCAGGUAAAACACUUGCCUACUGCAUCCCUGUGGUCCAGUCUCUUCAAGCAAUGAAAUCAAAAAUACAGCGCAGUGAUGGCCCCUAUGCCCUGGUACUGGUGCCGACAAGAGAGCUGGCUCUGCAAAGCUUUAACACUGUCCAGAAACUGCUUAAGCCAUUUACCUGGAUUGUGCCUGGAGUGUUGAUGGGAGGAGAGAGAAGGAAAUCAGAAAAGGCCAGACUCCGCAAAGGAAUAAAUAUCCUUAUCUCAACUCCUGGGCGACUGGUGGACCAUAUAAAAUCCACAAAGAACAUUCAUUUUCGUCGGAUACGGUGGCUGAUUUUGGAUGAAGCAGACAGAAUCUUGGAUUUGGGUUUUGAAAAGGAUAUCACAGUGAUACUCAAUGCUAUAAAUGCUGAGUGCCAGAAACGACAGAACGUCUUGCUGUCGGCGACACUCACAGAAGGUGUGACACGGCUAGCUGAUAUCAGCUUGCUCAAUCCGGUCAGGAUUUCUGUCCUGGAUGAACACCGUGGCCAGUCUGACCCAAAGGGCAGAGCAGUUCCUGAGGCCUCCCCUCUCCCAGCUGGUGCUGAGCCGGACAGCUUUGCGAUUCCGGAGAGUCUCGAUCAGCAUGUGACACUGGUUCCCAGCAAACUGAGGCUCGUCUCCCUGGCGGCCUUCAUCCUACAGCAGUGCAAGUUUGAAAAAGACCAGAAGAUGAUCGUCUUUUUCUCGAGUUGUGAGCUGGUGGAGUUCCACUAUCACCUCUUCCUACAGACCCUGCAGAGCCGCUCCGGGGCCCCGGCGUCAGGGCCGCUACCAUCUGCCUCCACGCCAUUAAAAUUCCUGCGGCUGCACGGCAACAUGGAGCAGGAGGAAAGAACAGCAGUGUUUCAAGAAUUCUCACAUUCCAAGACAGGCGUCCUUCUUUGUACGGAUGUUGCAGCUCGGGGCUUAGAUCUCCCUCAAGUCACAUGGAUUGUUCAGUACAAUGCGCCACCUUCACCUGCUGAAUACAUCCACCGGAUCGGGAGAACCGCCCGGAUUGGCUGCCAUGGGAGCAGCCUGCUCAUUUUGGCUCCUUCGGAGGCAGAAUAUGUCAACUCGCUGGCUUCUCACAAAAUCAACAUUUCUGAGAUUAAGAUGGAAGAUAUCUUGUCUGUCCUGACAAGGGAUGAUUGUUUUAAAGGGAGCCGAUGGGGAAGCCAGAAAUCCCGUGCUGCUGGCCCCCAGGAAAUCCGAGAGCGAGCCACCGUCUUGCAGACGGUGUUUGAAGAUUACGUGCACUCCAGCUCAAGGAGGGUCUCCUGGGCGAAGAAAGCUCUGCAGGCCUUCAUCCGAGCCUACGCAACCUACCCCCGGGAGCUGAAGCACAUCUUCCAUGUCCGGUCGCUCCACCUCGGCCACGUGGCUAAGAGCUUUGGGCUGAGAGAUGCCCCCCAGAAUCUUAGUGUCGCAGCUGUGAAGAGAAGGAAAGCGAACCUGAACAGGCCUGACCUUCAUCAGGAGACCCAGAGUAAACACCGCCUUGCUGAAAUCUUGCAUUCCGAAUUCUCAAGUGGAGCGGAGGCCAGCGUCGCCAAGGUCAAAAAGCAAAACAAACACGCAAGAGCCCGGCAGCCAGCCACGCAGCACUGUCUGCAACCGGCGCCCAGCCUCAGCCGUGGGAAGAACUGAGAAACGCUCCCCAAUGAAGCAGAAAAACCCAAAAAGACUUACUGGGGGAUAACAGGACUUCCCAACACAGUUUUCGUUUUUUUUUUGUUUUUGUUUUUUGUUUUUUUUUAACGCUGCCUCCACAGGCCUGGGGCUUGGGGUGGAUCCUGGAGGCCCCAGAGGCGGGGGCAGGUGUCCUGUCCUUGUCAGGAGCCUUGUGGGAAGGCACGGUGCCACUUUUCCCUGCAGACGGUGUCCCUGACCCGGAGAAGCCACAGGCCUCCCCCGGCAGGGCGGGGCUCAGCGUCCUGUGGGCGAGCCAGUUAGUUCUCACCUUCUGUGAGAUGGCUUAUACUUCGUGUUUCCUCCAGCGGAAUCAUCUUGGCCCAAGGGUUACAGGUGCCCCGGGGCCUCUGGUGAGGGCCUGGUGGUGCCGGCAUCAGCAGGAAGGCCUCUUCAUGCCUCGGGACAGGGUUCUGUCUCCAGGUCUUCAUUAGCUGCCUUGUAUUGAUGCCCGGAUUAGCGUGCAUCUUGUAAAAUAGGAUUGUAAUGACUGGAAUGCAGUUUGUGAGAGCGAGAAAAACCAUGAGCUCGUUUUCUUGAUGUACAAGUGCUUUGUGGAAAAGGGCCUGACAGGCUUGGGUGUGGGUUGGAAGGCUCCCGGGCCCUCCCGCAGGCUGCUCCGAACCGCGGGUGGCAUUCACGCGCGUGGCUGCCUCGUUCGUGGCCACGGGAAACUUCCCUCACGGCUGAUGGAUGUACUGGUGCCUUUUUUAUUUUUGUUUACCAUUGCCUUGGAAGUCAAAGGGCACCAGUCUCCUGAGUGUUUUCUCCCCCCGAAUCCCACCUUGUCUUCAAGUCUGGGGUCUGGGGUUCUUUGUAGUGUGGCCCAGGCCUCAGCCGCCCCUCCCCCACUGUGUUUCCCUGGGCAGUUUGAGAGCCCCCCCCCCCCCCCCCCCGCCACACACACACACACACACAACUCCCCACCCCCGCCCCCGGCGUACUGAUUUCCCAAUAAGUGUCCAACUGGGACGCAGGGGACUUCAGAGGGGGGUCUGCUUGGACAGGCGCUCUGUUGGCUCCACUUCCUCCUGUUUUCUUUCCCGCCCUCCUCCCCUCCAGUUCCUGCAGAGGGAGCUGAGGCCCCACUUCAGUAAAUCCUCCAGAUCCCGCAGGAACUAAGUGGCCAGGAGCGGACUGUGAGAGUUGCAAGGUGGGCCAUCUGUGGGGCCCACGGAGGGGUCGGCGCCCUCACCUCUGUCCCUCUCUGGUAGCCAGGGUAGGGCAGUCAGCUGACACCCACACCAGAGGCCCCCGGGGAGAGGGCCAGCAGGAGCCCUGUGAGCACUAAUCCUCCACAGGGGGACAAUGUGACCUCCUCCGCACGGCUGUCACAUACAAAUUCAUAGGGACAGUUGGUGAAAUUUCUAACAAUAAUAAUAAUGAUAAUAAUAAAGCCCUACAGCACAUGUCAAGCUGACUUGGGGAAAUCUGCCACCGUUCUUUUACUUCAGUGUGUAAUGGUUCACAGGAUUUGGAUGAGAAAAGGAGGCAUCAAACUUUAGAGACAAAACCCAGCUGUGUGAAAAACAGGAUUAAUGCCAGUGAUGGGGAAGGAUCAAAGAGAAGCCCUGCUCCCUGCCCCCCACCUCCCAUGUACUCAUUCCAAGAGAGGUCCAGUCCGGGUUCUGCAUUCCUGGGGGAGCCAUGCUGGGACCUGCCCUGCAGAGUGUAGAAAGGACCAUUAUUCCAAGGUGGAGCUUGUGCUUAAUCUGCUAACGCUUAGGUGAGGAAACGUUUCCUGCCAUGGAUGCUUUGUGGGCCUGUUUCUAAGCAGAAUCAAUAUAUUACCCCCAGUUAAUAAAGAAACAUGGAUUUAACAGAUUUAGGGUUAAUAUUAUCUAAAUUUAAAUAACCUUAAAAUAAAUCUCUUUCUCCUAUUAUGGCUCCUGACAGAUUAUACAUUUCAGGCAUCAGUUAGGCAAAGCUUUAGCCUAAUUCCACUGUACAUAUUCUAAUUUUGUGUGUAUUUUUAAUCGUGCCUCUUUUUCUGAUUUCCCAAACUUACCUAUUUCUCUGUCGCAAGCCUGAUCCCCGUAUUUUAAGUCACAGAGAAUUUGGACAUUUCAUGGAGUGUUGCAGCCUAAAGCAUUUUCCCCUUGGCUUCUCGAAUGCUUGUUUUGCAUCCAAAACAUCUUCGUGUUUGCAGCUCUUAGUGGUUGCAUUUCUUCAGAGGGGCCCACGUUCCCACGCACCAAAGGGCAGAGAGCCCUUGGCGAGUGAUUAAGUCAGUGCUGGUGCACACAGCAUCUUCCACUCUUGGAGAAGCACAGAGCCAACCAGGUCUCUCUCAGCAAAGGACAUUUUGACAAAGCCCAGUGGAUUCCUUUGAUUUUUUUUUUUUUUUUUCCUUUCCUGUAGUGAAGGGAGGUGAGAUUUAGGGAAGAGGGGAGUAAAUGAGAGCCCUUUAAGGCAGGUGCAUCCCAAACUGCUAGCAACCUUGCUAGUUAGCACUGCGGCCCUCAACAUGGAGUCAGGGAGAGCCAUUCGAAUCCAAGCAUCGCUUCCAUGACACGGAAAUGUAAAGCUUUUUCUACUGGAGAAGUGGCCCUGCUUGGAAAAGGCGCUUCACGGGUCUUGUUAAAUUGCCUACGUCACUAUCCCACCUCAUGUCUUAAUCUGCUCCCACCAUGAGAACUCCUAAGCAAGGCCUCCCUGUGUGGGGGCAGUGGGGCACCCUUAGAGUCAGUUAGGCUCCUCAGAAAUUUCCAGAGCCCUUGUACAAGGCUCACAGGGGAAUCUAAACUUCCUUUAAACUUCGCUGCCCCGACCGUGCUGCGCCUGGGUUUGUAAGGGACUGGGGUGGGCGGGUGGAGGAGCAGAGAGGAUGCCUCCUGGGAGCCUCUGCUAUUGUUCUGCCCGCUGGGGGGCUUGCAUUCAUUCUUUCUUUGUAUUUUAAAAAGAGUUCACACCCAGCCCCAGGGUUGGGAACAGAGAAGCUAAUUGAGCCUUCUAAAUGGCUGAGAGCAGAAGCCCACCUCCCGGCAAAGGUUGUAAAGUUAUUACAGAUGGGAAUUGCAGGACAAUUUAAAAUAUUGUAAUUAUAAACUUGUAGGGAAGCCUUGUUCUUCAUUAAUGUAAGCUAUGAAAUCGCCUCUGAGGUACAAGGACAAUUACAUAGUUGAGAAUGUGUCUGCGAUUUACACUGCCGCUGUGUAAAUGUAAGGGCGGUUGCUCUGGUCUACCUCCUUCACUUUCACAAAAUGA